CUUGUAUUUACUAAUUACAAAGAGAAGUAGGUGCUUGUCUUUCCUAUCAUUGACCCAACCCUCAUCUGAGACAAGUCAAUGAUAAUUCGAGUCAAUAAAGAGCGCUCCAUUGCCCACAACUACCAAUCGCCGGCAUCUCAACAAGCAAAUUUUGCAGAGAGAAAGCUCACAUAGAAGUGCAUAGACAUUUACAUGAAGACCAUGGAGAGAGAGCUUGGCAUCAAAGCGGAAGUGAUCAAGAAAGCAUUAUCUGUAUCCAUCGAAGCUCAUAAGAGCCCAGGGAAGCCGUGCCUCGUCGAAGGGAAGAUUCCCAAUAGCCCUUCGCAGGUCGUCGUGGCCUUCCCUGGAUCAUGGUCUCUGACUGACUGGUUCGCCGGAGACAGCGAAGCCAAGCCUUUCGGAGAGACCAAGAUCGACACUAAAAAGUUCCGAUCUCUCAAGAGCAUCAGCAAGGAUGUGGACGCCGUGGUCAACGAGGCAUUCAUGGCGAGAUUCCUGCGUAUUCUGGAUGAUGGAAGUGGAACGUUCCGCGCGGAGGUGACAAAGGCGGUGAAGAAGAAAAAUCAAAUAGUAUUUGCAGGCCAUUCAUCGGGCGGUCCGAUCGCAAUAUACGCGACUGUGUGGUUUCUUGAGGAGUACGGAAGAUCAAACGAGACGCAGACUUCCCGUCCUCUCUGUUUAACAUUCGGAUCCCCACUUACCGCUGACUGCACCUUUUGCCAUGCUGUCCAGCGUGAGGGUUGGUCCGAUUGCUUUGUCCACUUCGUUACGAAACACGACAUCGUUCCCAGGAUUCUGCUCGCUCCUCGCUCUUCCACGACAGAGUUGCUGCAAGAAAUUCCCCCUUUCUUCAACCCGCAUCACAAAGCCGACGAAGCAAAAGUGGCUUUGUUAUUUGGGAAUGUGAUGAAGACUGCAUCAUGUGUUGCAAGCCAGGCAGCUUGCGCACUGACGGAAAGCAAACAUACCUUAUUUGACACCAUGUCUAGAUUUAUCAAGCUAAGCCCUUACAGACCAUGCGGUAUGUAUGUCUUUUGCACUGAGACAGGCAGGUUGGUGGUCGUGAAGAACCCAGAUGCGGUUCUUCAAUUGUUGUUUUACUCUUUACAGAUCGAGUCUGAAACAGUACUUCAGGACACAGCAGUGGCAAGCUUGAAGGCGCAUUGGACAUAUAAAGAUACAUUAGAAAAAAGAUUGGCCAUGCACACCGUAGUUUGUUUGGAGAACCUCCCGGAAUUACCUCUCAGCUCAGACAAUACUACAAAUAUUGGUGCUACACUAAGUGACCUUAGCCUGUGCAUACCGGCAAGGCUGUGCCUUCGCGCCGCUGGAGUGUUGGAGAAGCAGAAAGUGAAUAACCAGAAUACAAUUGUACCCAAGAAGGAGACCAUAAAGACAGCUCUGAAAGCAUUAAGCGACUAUCGGACCACAAGCGAGAAUGAUGGCAUGGGCAUGGGAUAUUACGAUGCUUUCAAGAUGCAAAAGGAGGAGGAAGACUUCAAGGUCAACGUGAAGAGACUUGAACUGGCAGCUCUGUGGGACGAGAUUAUCGAAAUGAUAAGACAAGAGCAGCUCCCAGAUAAAUUUGAGGUAGAUGAAGAAUGGGUGGAGCUCGGCACGCAAUUUCGCCGACUUGUGGAGCCAAUAGAUAUAGCCAACUACUAUCGACACUUAAAGAAUGAAGAUGCAGGUCCUUACAUGACCAAAGGAAGGCCAAGACGGUAUCAGUAUCCACAAAGAUGGCGAGAACAUGCUGAGCAAUUGGAGAAAGAUUCGAGUGGUGAAUCCUGCUUUUGGGCUGAGGUGGAGGAGCUCAAUGCAAUUACUAACAAGAAACCAUGGAAAGAAAUAGAGUACAGGGUUUUGACUUUGGAGAAGAACCUGAGAAAAUGGGAUGAUAAAAAGGAGGUGGAGAAGGAUGUAUUCUUAGAAAAGAGCACACUCGUUAAGUGGUGGCAUACUCUCCCUGACAACCAUAAGGCAAAUUCCUGCAUCAAAGAACUCAUUCGAAGCUGAAAAUUCCUUACUGCUGCAAAUUUGCUUGAAAAGCCAGACCCAGCAACUGGCUGGCAUCAUCUAAAGAGGAGUCCUUCCCGUUUUGAGUUGAUUUUCUCUGUACAAUAUAUGUCUUCAAUGAAAUAAAUUA